CCGUAAAACUCCACAUUCGAGUCGGAAAAGUCAAGGUGAAUUAAGCGAAAAAUUGCAACGGAAAUUGUAAAUUCAACCCCCCCGCUGGCAAAUCAACCCCUGGAAUCUUCUUGAAAGGAAAGCAGGUCGUCGGUUCAUCGAACUUCCGCUAGAUACACAGAGAAGUAAAGAAGUUAAGAAGGAAAAAUGCCAGACAUUCCCUUUGUCUUGAAUUUGGAUUCCCCGGACUCCAUGUACUACGGACAUGAUAUGUUCCCGAAUCGCAUCUAUAGGCGAUUGCACUCGCGGCAGCAUAACGAGCUGGAUCUGCAUACCCUGGGCCUGAUUGCCCGGAUGGGUGCACAUGCCCAUCACCUGGUGACCAACAAGAGGAGCGGAGAGCUGGCUGCCUUGGGUAGAACUGGAGCCCGCGAUAAGCAGGGAAACUUUGAGGUUCACCUGGAUGUGGGACUCUUUCAACCGGGUGAACUAACGGUUAAAUUGGUCAACGAUUGCAUCGUUGUCGAGGGAAAACACGAGGAACGGGAGGAUGAUCAUGGACACAUUUCCCGACACUUUGUUCGUCGUUAUCCGCUGCCCAAGGAGUUCGAUUCGGAUGCCAUUGCAUCCACUUUGUCGGAGGAUGGAGUUCUUAACAUCACAGUUCCUCCAUUGGUUUCCAAGGAGGAGCCCAAGGAGCGGGUAAUACCCAUCAAGCAUGUGGGUCCUUCGGAUCUCUUCCAGAAUGGCAACGGCCACAAGGAGCCAGCUGCCCCAGAUUCCACUCCAGCUCAGGAGACCAAGUAAAAAACCCCCAAAUGUUGCAGCUUCAGCAGCCAAGUGAUUUCCCAAGACUCUCGUUUAUCGUUGCACUAAAAAGUCAUGAAAAUUACGCACGCAUCGCACUUCAUUUAUUCAUUAAUGUCUAAAUUUUAAAAGUCCAAUCCAAUUUUAAGACUAAUCGAAACCAAGUAUUAUAAUAAAGGAAUAUGAAUGUCUCAGUUA